AUGGUCUCUGUUGAGACGGUAUUGGCGAAACUAGGCGGUGACUUGCCUGAAUAUGCUACGAUUGAUCUGAAGCAGUCGGUCAUUCAAGUGAAAAAGGAGGUAGAGGUCAACACUACUGCACAUGUGUACGUCACUCUUCGUGAUUCUGCAGGCUUUCCAUGCUCAGUUGAACAAAACCUGUCAGUGAAAAUUGUUCCUUUUGCUAGUGGUACAGAUGCCACACCACUCGCUGCCGAGGUGACACCCCUGUCAUCAUCCCGCUAUUUGGCACGCUUUACACCUACACUACAUACUAGAGGUCGUAGGAAGCUCAUUGUGGAAGUAAACGGAGAGAGAAUAAAUGAUGACUUUAUCGCAAUACUAGUUCAGUGUCCUCCACAGCAUCUGCGGGACCACGAAAUGGAAACAAUUGACAACAUUGUUCAUAGGGGCUGCCUCAAAAGUGUUGGUAAUCAUGUAUUUUGCCUCACUAGGUCAGAGCGAAAGGAGCCACAGGCUAUGUACAUUGAUGGUGGAACUGUUACCACACCUUACACGUUAAAGUUACUGCUGCAUGGUCGCCCACAAAUCUGGAGCCCAGAUGAGAUUGCCAUUGGGAAUAACUCCCUCUACGUCAGUGACCCCCACAAUAGCAAGGUUCACCGCUUCAACCUCAGUGAUGGCACCUACAUUGCUUCUACCGGUAGCAAAGGGUCUAAAGAGGGGCAAUUCGAUCGUCCAAACGGACUUUGCUUUGCUCAAGACAACUACCUCUAUGUAUGUGACAGUGAAAACCACCGAAUCCAGGUUUUUGAUCAAGACCUCAGUUUUUGCCGUACAUUUGGUGAAUUGGGAACGGAGAGGUCGUGCUUCCUCUGGCCCAGCAAUGUUGCCAGUAGUUCAGAGGGUGGGCGUGUCCUGUUGUACGUGAGCGAGCUGUACAACCACCGUGUCCAGUGUGUCACCAGCACCGGGGACCACAUUCGAUUCAUCGAGGGUUCUGGGACUAGAGAGAGGCAGCUGAGCAGACCCAACAUUCUCCACAUCCACAUCUCCCACCUGUAUGUCUCAGAUGACAGGGGAGUCGUCGUGUUCAAUCUGAGUGGGGAGUUUGUCACACGGUUUGCAACUGAGCUGUGCAAAGUCGGAAUAUAUCCCAUCGAGGGACUGACUGUCAGUAGCGAUGGAUUUGUGUAUGUCUAUCAUUCCCCACAGAACAGAAUAUAUCUGUACUAA